GUCACUCUAUAAAGCAGUUGCUCAUUUGGCAUGGUCUGUACGCGUAAAAAAGAAUAAGCAUGUUUCGUACACUCUUAUUUACUUGUGCGAUAUGUGUCGUGUGUGUUGUUGCAUCAAAUGUUCACUUACACCCUCUAUCUGAUGAGUUCAUCGAAUCAAUUAACUUUAAUCAAAAUACUUGGAUCGCCGGCCGCAACUUUCCUAAGAAAACACCACUAAAAUAUAUUUACAAUCUCAUGGGCACUCUCAGUGAUAGUCGCAUGGAUAACCUACCCCAAAGAAACUAUACUUUUUCAAGGAAGACAAAAUAUCCAAACCAAUUUGACGCUCGAGAGCAUUGGAAAAAUUGUCCAACUUUAAAAGACAUCAGAGAUCAAGGUGGUUGCGGCAGCUGCUGGGCCGUAGCAGCCGUGUCAGCCAUGACCGAUCGCAUGUGCAUCCUAUCCAAAGGAAAGGAGCAUUUCUACUUUUCCAUUAAAGAUGUCCUCAGUUGCUGUAAAUAUUGUGGUAAUGGUUGUGAGGGUGGAGUAUUGACAAGGGCCUGGAUAUAUUAUAAAAAUGUUGGUAUCGUAUCAGGAGGCAGUUAUAAAUCAAAACAAGGCUGCCAGCCUUACACAAUACCUCCUUGUAACCACCUGGUUUGGGGAGAAAUAGAACAAUGUAAAAAUAUUCCAAUGACACCAAAAUGUAAAAAUAUUCCAGUAAUACCAGAACAAUGUAAAUAUAUUCCAAUAACACCAAAAUGUGAAAAAAAAUGUAAUAAGAAUUAUAAAGUGUGCUAUAUCAAAGACAGACAUCGUGGUAAAAGUGUUUACGUAGUUAAAAAGAGUGAAAUCAUUAAAGAAAUUUAUGAAUACGGACCAGUCACUAGUUCUUUUACAGUAUAUGAGGAUUUCCUGAAUUACAAAGAAGGUAUUUACAAUUACACGUCGGGUCAAAAAUUAGGCUUACAUUCUGUGAAAAUCAUCGGCUGGGGUGAAGAGCGUGGCAUUAAGUACUGGCUAGCGGCGAACUCGUUUAACACUGACUGGGGAGACAACGGUUUCUUCAAAAUCAUAAGGGAAGGCGUCGGAAGUUGCGGUAUAAGCGAUAAUGUCGUAGCAGGAAGAUAAGAUAUUUAGUUAAUUUUUUAAGGCAAAAAAUAUUUUUUUAGCUAUAUUUUUUCUAAUAUACAACUCGGCAUUAAAACCUGUGAGUGAAUAAUCACCCCUAUUUUUAAUAGAAAAUAUAUUUAUACAGUCUAUUACAGGGUAUCAUUUAGUCUUUAUUUUAUUAGAAUCGGUAUACUUUAUCAAAAGUCAUUGCAAUGAAAUAAAGAAAGAUAAUCUUUUGUUUUCACCAAAUGAAUACGGGACCAUUUCGCCAAAUAACUGAUUCAAACAAAAGAAGAAUCAUCAAAAUCUGUACACGCAUCUCGAUCAGAUAUGCGCGAACAACAAUAAAAAAAUCAUCAAGUUGGUUAAAAGCUAACAUUAAGUAAAAUAUUAUUUGUCAGUCAAUAAUUAUACAGUUCGAGCCAUUUUUUUUAAGAAAAAUAUUUUUGUGUAUGAAAAUAAACACAUUUUUGUCGAC